UGCGCAUUGCCUAAAGGGGACACAGCAACUAGAAACGUGAGCUAUUUGAUACUCUUUGUGAUAUUUCAGACUUUCUUUCUUCUUGCUGCUGACAAAUGGAAAAAAGAAAAAAAAACUUGAAUACUACAGUGAGUGAGUGACAGCCAGCGGAAACAGGCACACCUUAUCGUAUCUCUCUUAUAUUCAAAUGUUUUCAUGGCUGUGCAUGCAUGCGCCUGGAGGAAGAGGAGAAGAAAUCAUUUCCAAGAGGGCGGUGCUACUGUAUGAAGUAGGAACAGCGUCAAAGUUAAGAGUGCUUCCAAACAUUAACUCGAACUUUAAGUGGCCUCUGCUGUUAAAUAGAACAGAAGGAAACCGAGCAGGCCAAGUUGAUGUAAUUCACCUUCUAUGCUCCUGAAAAAAAGAGGCUCAGAUGCUUCAGGAUGGACGAGGCUCUUCCCAGCCUGAGCUCAGUUUCAGACUCUCUGGAAGCAGACAGUGAGGAGUUCCAGCUCAGAGUGGACUUCUUCAGGAAGUUGGGUUACACCCCAUCAGAGGUCAUGGCUGCUUUGAGGAAACAGGGCUUAAGCACAGACACUAAUGCGGUGCUAGGAGAGCUCGUUAGGAACAGAACCAGCAGUGUACCUUGCAUUUCCAGCUCUGACAGUGACGAGAGGAGCACACGCCAAAACGACUCCCUGCAGCCUCCCAGUUGGGGUCUUGGGUCCUGCAAAAACACAACGCAGCUGUGGGACCAAAACAAACCGGACGAAGAAUUGAGGCCUGUUGUUAUUGACGGCAGCAAUGUUGCCAUGAGUCAUGGCAACAAGGAAGUAUUCUCAUGCCAAGGGAUUCAGCUGGCGGUGAACUUCUUCCUUGACAGAGGUCAUACUAGCAUUACUGUGUUCGUUCCCAGCUGGCGCAAAGAGCUGCCCAGAGCUGAUGCUCCCCUGACAGAUCAACACAUUCUGCUGGAGCUUGAAAAAAGGAAAAUCGUUGUCUUUACUCCAUCACGCCGUGUUGGGGGCAAGCGAGUGGUUUGCUAUGAUGACCGCUUUAUUAUCAAAUUGGCGUAUGAGUCCGACGGAAUAAUCGUAUCCAAUGACACCUACCGAGACCUCCAAGCAGAAAGACCUGAGUGGAAGAAAUGCAUUGAAGAGAGGCUGCUCAUGUACUCCUUUGUGAAUGACAAGUUCAUGCCCCCAGAUGACCCUUUGGGUCGCCACGGCCCCAGCCUUGACAAUUUCCUUCGGAAAAAGCCUCGUCCUACGGAGCAAAUGAGACAACUCUGUCCAUACGAAAAAAAGUGCACGUAUGGCAUAAAGUGUAAGUUCUACCAUCCUGAGCGGGUAAACCAACCCUAUCUGUCUUUAGCUGAUGAACUGAGAGAGAAAGCCCAGAUUUCUACUGUAAAAGAAGAGAGAAAUGCCAGUUUGUCACCCAGACAGCUUCAGUCUGAUCCCGCACUUGCUCAAAAUGCCUAUUUUCAUCCUCGAGACUCCAACAAAGAGCUCAAAAGAGAUCAGCAGACUUCCUCACCACCUUAUCACGUUAGUGAAAACAAGCUGCUGUACUGGGAGGAUCCUAGACACAAUCCAAAUCACAUGCCGUGUUCUGUAACAGGAACCCAGUGUCAGAAAGAGUGGCCUGGGUUGCACUUGAUGCCAAAUCAUUACUAUGCCAACAUGUCUCAAGAGUACCUGGAUUCAGGCCUUGGCUCAUUUGAGAGUCAGUACUCUGAUAUUUCGCAUUCCCUCCACAACUCAAAGAUGCUCAGGCUGCAGUAUCAGAGUGCUCCUCCUGGAGCCACAAAUUCUCCCGUACAUUUAGAGAAAAAUAACAUCAAUCAACCUUGCAAGUGCUGUUCUCAUGCAAUGCCCUCGACAGUUCACCAGCAAUUUCAUGGAAACAUGGACUCUCAGGCACAACCCCAAUACAGCGCCUAUCACCCAAAUGCCCUCACACCCACUGCUUCCCACCAGCGCAGCCUCCCCAGCCAUUUCCAGUACAGUGGAGGCACCCAUGUUCAGCAACAUUACUGGUCAGAUCCCUUUCAGGGGUUACCACAAGCCAGCAGACCAAAUAGCCUCCCUUCUUCAACUCGUUCUUCACACUACCACAAUUCUUGCUGCUCUAGCAACAGUCAUCAGUACUAUUCAAGGGGACAACAACCAUCUUCUGCUGCAUUUGACUCACAAAGGUUAGAACUCCGCAACAAGCUCAAAACUAUCUUCAACCCACAUCUGGUGGAUACUGUCAUGGAAAUGUUUCCAAAUCUGAUGAAUGCUGAGAAACUAGCUGCAGAGAUACUGAAGCUGAAAGCCCAAAGAGAUCUUUUCUGAUUAUUCUUCUUUCAGACCUGUCAUUACUACUUGCCUUGACCUCAAUAUAGCAUCCUUAUCACCUUUUCAGAAGGUCGCAUAGUGCCUAUAGCUGAGUCAUUUAAAAACUAAUUCUGUGCAAUGUGCUAUUAUACUGUAAAAAUGAAACGUUUUAUUUAUGAAUGAUUUAGUUAAUCUGUUAUAGGUUAUAUAUUUUUUUUUUAUGACACUGGAGUCAUAUGUCUUUGUCAUCCAUGUUUUGGAUAAAAAGUGCCUCUAGAUGGAAAACGGUUACAUUUAUG